UGGCCAGAUCUUGACCCAUUAACACUAGCUGCGCUGUCGCUUCGCGUAUUUUUAGCGGAUCGCGCGCGGGGGUUGGCUGGCCCGACGACGAUCAGGCGGACAGGCGGUCUCCCGCGCCCCGUGGCGAUGAACGCGUCGCGAUGACCACGCGAGGGAUACGUCGGAAGAAGUCUUCGCUCUGCGAAGUGAAAGUGGCAGUGAUCGGUGCCCCGUCAGUCGGAAAAAGCGCACUAACAGUCCGUUUCCUGACCAAGCGAUACAUCGGGGAGUAUGAUCACCAACAAGAUAGCAAGUACAAACAUGAAGCUAUGUUGGAUGGUGAACCUAUUCUAUUUGAAAUCUUAGACACUUGCCCAAAGAGCAUAGAAGAUCUUCCUGGGAACGAAGUAACCCAGUGGGCUGACUGUCUGUUCCUGGUGUAUUCCAUCACGGACCGAGAGUCUUUCAACUACGUCCGUCGUGCCAAGCAAAAUCUGCAACCUGACAUACCUCUCACCCUAGUAGGGAACAAAGCCGAUAUGGUUCACUUAAGACAGGUCAGCCCAGAAGAAGGCGAAAUCCUAGCCAAAGAUUUCGAAUGCACAUUCGCGGAGGUAGCAGCGGCUGAGCAAGUUAACCAAGUUGGGGAAGUAUUCCAUGAACUAUGCCGUGAAGUUCUGGCGUUACGACGACGUGCUAAGCACAGUCUUCUGGACCGUAUGCUAGGAUCGAAGACCGCGUACCGUGUCUAUUCUCGAGGGAAGAGUGAUAGCGCCCUACCCAAGGAAUAGAAGGAGGGUCAGAGCGUAACCGAGGGCUGUUCUUGGUGGUGUUUCCCUUACUAAAGUGAAAUUCACUUUGUAUCAAGAUUGCAGAUCCUGUUUUAUUCUUAAAGUACUCCUACGGUUCGUUAAGUAUCAGCUUUGUCUGAUGGUUUUUUCUUGCUGCAAUGUGAAACUGUUCGACUACUCUCGCUAUCCUUAACUAAUGUAUUACAUUACGACACAUGACUUUUUGUUUCUUCCGACACUAUGUUUUCUAAUAUACCCAUAUGGAGAAUGUUAUUUUUUAUUUAGUACUUUGAGUAAAGAUAAGAUCUGCAGUCCAGGAUCAUAUUAGAGGGAAACUCACCAAACUUACCUCGAUUACGCUCUGACUUGAUGAAUCUUCGAUUUGUUACGAGCGAUUAUCGAUAGUUUCGUUCGUACAUAAUAAUAUAAGUAUGUGAUGAGACAAUUAACUUAUAUAAAUACAACUACCACACGGAAUGUGUGAUGACUAAAACUGACUAUGACUUACACGAAGAAUGAAAGGACUCAGAAAGCAACUAUGAACAAUGACUGAAUAGAACAGAAACAGAAUAUAUCAUACAUUUAAAGGUAAAAACUGUUAUGUGUUAUGCUAUUCUGUAAAAAACAGCCUCAAAUAGCUGACAAAAAUAGUAAAGUAAUCGUUAAGAGUACGAAUAAGGGUAAAGCUGGUACGCCUUUGAAAAUGACUUUAUUACUGAGAAUAAUUCAAAUAUUAGUAUAAAAGUUUUAAAAUGUAUUUUAAUUGCAAUUGUUUUUAUAUUUUGUAGGUUUUGCCUUUUGACAUAUGUAUUGUAGUUAUAAAAUUUACUAUUUUCUAUAGGUUUAUUAAGUGUAAUAGGUUUAGUUGUAAGCUUUACAUACAAAACUAUUCUUCCAUUAUUAUUACCAACAUAAUUAAACAAAUAAAAUACAAAACAAUUAUAACAGUUUUAACCUUUCUUCGAUCACGAUGUUUAUGUAGUAAUAUAUCAAAAUAUUAUGUAAAUAGAUGUUUGAUACAUCAUGGAACUUCUCCUAAAUGUGUUAAAUGUUAUCGUUAAGUACUUUUAAACUAUAAAUAUUUGUAUCUAGUUAUAGCAUAAUAUUUACGGAUAUAUUUUUUUCUAUUUUCGUAUUACUUUCUACUACUAUUAUGAAUGAUAAAGUUUAUGAGAAUGGAUGUAUACAGGUACUCAGAAUAAUAACUUUAGUUAUUAUUUAACUUUAAUAACUACAGUUAACUAAAGUUUUUAUUCUAAGGUACAUACUACCCUUAGAAUAUCACAGACAUAUGUUUGUUUGUUUCUCUUUCAUGUAGAAACUACUGAAUAGAUUCUGAUGAGGUAUAUGAUUAUUUUUUAUUCAAUUAUUUGUACCAAAAACAUUUUAUAAAUUAAAAAUAUCUUGUCUUAAAUGUGUAAUUAAUUGAUAUUACUAGAAUAUUACUGUACAGAUCGUAGAAGACUAAAUCUAUUUAUGUACUUCGAAUAGAAAUUAUUUAACAAUGUAAAGGUAUGUUAUUAAUGGUCAGACUUACAUAAAACAGUACCACAUUUUUACCACUUUUACCAAAGUUUGUUAGGCAGGGAAAGUUUGCAAUUAGUAUAAGUAUAUAAAAAAACGUAGGAAAAUGUAUGUACAUACAUUUUCCUACGUUUUUUUUAUUUCACAUUAUUUAAUGUUUGUUAACAUUUUCAAGUUUCGUAGGUAAUCUGAUAGAAUCCAGGUACGGAUAUUAUUGUUUUUUAAAAAUUUUUACUUCUCCGUCUCUCCUUCAAUAGUACAACAGAUUAC